ACACAAAACGCAGCGUUUCAUGUUAGAGGAAAACCAAUGCAUGUUUGCAGUUCUGGAUCCAUCAUAUAAAAACUGAAAUCCAAACCCUAAAUAUCCAUCGCGGUUCUCAUCUCUUCCCAAUCCUAACCUCACCGCCGCAUCUUCACGUCUCUCAUAGGAGGUGCGUACAAUAUAACAGAGAGGAAAAAUGAGUCGAGGAAGUGCAGCAGGAGCGAAGGGGAAGAAGAAGGGGGCGACAUUCACCAUUGACUGUGCAAAGCCAGUGGAAGACAAGAUCAUGGACAUUGCUUCUCUCGAGAAGUUUCUUCAAGAGAGGAUCAAGGUCGGUGGCAAGGCUGGUGCUCUUGGUGACUCUGUUACUGUUACCCGCGAGAAGACCAAGAUCAUUGUCACCUCUGACAGUAACUUCUCCAAAAGGUAUCUGAAGUACUUGACUAAGAAGUACUUGAAGAAACACAAUGUGCGAGACUGGCUCAGAGUGAUUGCUUCGAACAAGGAUAGAAAUGUUUAUGAAUUGAGGUACUUCAACAUUGCUGAGAAUGAGGGUGAGGAGGAAGAUUAGUUGUCUGAUAGCACCUUAUUUCUCUGAGUGUUUUGUUUACACUUUUCUUAUAGCUAGCUUCCUUUUUGGCAAGGAUUGCUUGAUAUAACCGUACUUUGUUUUGAUCAGUUGCAAUUUAACAUUUUUUAUCCUUUAAGAAUUUUUGUAUUUUUAAUGUUAGAUGGGAAUGGAGUUUGCAUAUUAUUCUGUUUUG